UCAUUAAGAGAGAGAGAGAGAGACGUUGAUAUAUAUUGGGCGCAGAGUAGUAGCUAUAGCCAACUUCACCAGCUGCAUCAUCUCUCAAUUCCUCUCAAUACUGCGGCUAUUUUCAUUCAUCUCAGUUGUAUACAGCUCAACCAUACUUACAAAAAAUUCACACUGUGAAACAAACAGGCAGGAGACACACAACCGCACUAUAUAUACUUACAAAGAUUCACACACACACACACAUACAUACAUAUAUAUAUAGAGAGAGAGAGAGAGUAACAAGGGAAAAUGGGGUUCUGGUCGUUGUUGGAGAUAUCGUCGAUGCCAAUACUGCAGGUGCUUAUAAUUAGCGUAUUGGGAGCUUUCAUGGCAACUGAUUAUCUGAAGCUUCUGCCACCUGAUGCCAGAAGGUCUUUGAACAAAAUAGUUUUUGUGGUCUUCACUCCAUCACUCAUAUUUGCAAGUCUAGCAAAGACCGUGCGCUUUCAAGACAUCAUCGCAUGGUGGUUUAUGCCUGUUAACGUCGGCAUAACUUUUCUCAUCGGAGGGGGACUCGGAUGGGUAGCGGUCAAGAUACUGAGACCACAGCCACAUCUCCAAGACCUCAUCAUUGCUAUAUGUGCAACAGGAAACUUGGGAAACAUUCUGCUGAUAAUAAUCCCAGCCAUCUGCAAGGAGGAUGGGAAUCCCUUUGGAGAAGAGGCUGUUUGCACCAGAGUUGGCCUCUCAUAUGUUUCUUUCUCAAUGGCUCUUGGAUCCUUCUACAUAUGGACCUAUACUUACCACUUGAUACGGCGCGCCGCAUCAAAAUACAGAGCGAUGUUGGAAGACGCCGAGGAGCCGUCGAAGGAGGCGAACAAGGAUUUGGAGGCGAAUGAGAGAACUCUUCUUCUCAGUGGAGAAGAGCAUGUCCCUGUGUCCUCCAAUGCCGGCGAAGAUCAUUCUAGGAAAGUGCCUAGGAAUGAUCAGUGGAAGCAGAGUGCAACAGUGUGGAGUCAAAUACUGGGAAUUUUCCAUCAGAUAGUGGAAGAGCUAAAAGCACCUCCAGUCCUUGCUGCAAUUAUUGGACUCAUAUUUGGAGGAGUAACAUGGCUUCGGAACCUUAUCAUCGGUGAAAAUGCUCCGCUUAGAGUGAUCGACGAUUCUGUUAAAUUACUUGGGGAUGGAACUAUUCCUUGCAUCACUCUCAUACUUGGAGGCAACCUAACACAAGGGCUAAGCAAGGCGAGGUUGAAAUCAACGACAGUAGUCGCAGUGAUUUGUGUGAGAUACGCAAUACUUCCUGCAGUCGGGAUUGGCGUGGUGAAACUAGCUUCACAUUUAGGCUUUCUCCCCUCUGAUCCUCUCUACCACUUCGUGCUCAUGCUUCAGUUCACUGUUCCACCUGCUAUGAAUAUCGGUACCAUGACACAACUCUUUGAUGUGGCACAAGAAGAAUGCUCAGUCCUGUUUCUUUGGACUUACUUGGUUGCAGCCCUCGCUCUUACCGGCUGGUCGACGGUCUUCAUGUGGAUCUUGACCUAAUUGGCACGGCGGACGGCAUGGUAUGAUGCCGAUUUUUAAAUGAAAACACACAGUCCGUGCAACCGAGAGCUCUCGGAAGAGAUGCAGUGAAACACAUAGAAGCAACGUAUAAAGUUCGAAAACGAGCAUUGGUUUCUAGUACUUAGGUAUUCUGCUUGGGCAAUUCUUUCUAGUCAGGUGCAUCUUCUAUGGAUAAAAUGUAUUACCAUGUAAGUUCAAUGAUUUUGGGUAAAUCAGAUGCAUUAUAUUCAUGUUUUCAGGAUGUAAUUCUCUGUUCACAACAGUUAUAUAUCAACAUCCAACCAUGGAUCAAGGUAUCAGAUAUCGGCUGGUACGUAUACGGAUCAGUCAGUGUCGAUCGGAUAUAAUUGUUCGAUUC